AUGUUCAUCCUGACCAAGAUCGCCGACCUUGUCGAGAUCGCGCCAGAGGACUUUCGCAAGAAGAGCGUUACCGCCAUUGAGGAUAACAUCAAUGCAAAGUACGCGAAUAAAGUUAUCCAGAAGAUUGGUCUCUGUAUCUGCCUGUACGACCUCCUCUGGACCUCCGAAGGUCUCAUCGGCCAUGGCACGGGUCUGGUCAAUGUCAAUGUUGAGUUCAGGCUCAUUGUCUUUAGACCUUUCAAGGGUGAGGUUAUGUUUGGCAGGAUCAGAAGUUCAACGCCAGCCGGCAUCAAUCUGAGAACCGAUUUUUUCGAUGACAUCUUCAUUCCAUUUGAUGAGCUUCCCGAGGGUGCUGAGUUUAACCACUCGGAACAGCUUUGGAUUUGGAACAUCGAGGGUGAUAGACUUUUCUACGAUAACCAUGAGAUGGUCAGGUUCCAGGUCAUCGACGAGGAGUGGCACGACCAGACGCCUGUAGGCCCAAGUCAGGGAGAGGAAGCUGCACCACCUAAACCACCCUACAAAGUGAAGGGCACCAUGGCUAUGGAGGGUCUCGGCGUUUGCCUCUGGUGGGAUGGACAAGGCAGCGAGUAG